GGAAGCGGGGGUGGCGGAGCCGGGGCCGGGAGCGGGGCAGCGUCCCGGGAUCGGGAUGCGGGGGCGGCCCGGGACGCCGCCUCGUUGCCUGGAGCGACACCAUGCACCCGGCCGUGGCGGUGGGGCUGGUGUUCGGCGGCUGCUGCAGCAACGUGGUGUUCCUGGAGCUGCUGGCCAGGCAGUUCCCGGGAUGUGGGAACAUCGUGACCUUCUCCCAGUUCCUGUUCAUCGCGGUGGAAGGUUUUAUCUUCGAGGCCAACUUCGGGAGGAAGCGCCCGGCCAUCCCCAUCAGGAAUUAUUUCAUCAUGGUGGCCAUGUUCUUCACCGUCAGUGUGGUCAAUAACUACGCCCUGAACCUGAACAUCGCGAUGCCGCUGCACAUGAUCUUCCGCUCGGGUUCUCUCAUAGCAAGCAUGGCUCUAGGGAUCAUCAUCCUGAAGAAAAGGUACAGCGUGUCAAAAUACACCUCCAUAGCCCUGGUGUCCCUGGGCAUCUUCACCUGCACUUUGAUGUCUGCAAAGCAAGUGGCAUCUGACUCCAGUUUAAACCAAGAGGAUGGACCCCAGGCUUUCCUCUGGUGGAUGCUGGGUAUUGCUGCCCUCACCUUCGCCCUGCUGAUGUCUGCCAGGAUGGGGAUUUUCCAGGAGACGCUCUACCAGAAAUUUGGGAAGCACUCAAAGGAGGCCCUGUUCUACAAUCACGCGUUGCCACUCCCUGGAUUCCUGCUCCUGGCUCCCAACAUUUACCAGCACGCCGUGCUCUUCAACCAGUCUGAGCUGUUCCAGGUGCCGGUAAUCGGCCUGACCCUGCCAAUCAUGUGGUUCUACCUCCUCAUGAACGUCAUCACCCAGUACGUCUGCAUCCGCGGCGUCUUCAUCCUGACCACGGAGUGCACGUCCCUCACUGUCACCCUGGUGGUGACGCUCCGCAAGUUCGUCAGCCUCAUCUUCUCCAUCCUCUACUUCCAGAACCCCUUCACGGGGUGGCAUUGGCUGGGCACCGCCUUCGUCUUCGUGGGCACCCUGAUGUACACCGAGGUGUGGAACAGCCUCGGGCCCCUCCUGGCCCGCUGCCGGAGGAGGAGGAGGCCCAAGGAGGAGUGAAUCCAGGGAUUUUCCGCAUGGACCUUUUUGUUGUUUUCCAGAGCAGAGCAGCAGGGAGCCCCCCCCUCCUUCCCCAGGGGGUGUUUUUAUAGCAGGUGUUGGCUGUGCCAAGCUCCUGGGAAAAUGGGGAGCUCCGCUGGGAACUUGGGGAAUGGAUCAUGGAGAAACAAUCCGGUUAUUUUUUGCCAGUCGGUAUUUUUUAUGCGGCCCCUCUUGCUUCCAGUUUUUCCUCCUGUUUGGUUUUUCCUUUUCAUGUUUUGGUUGUUUUUUUUCCCCAUUGGAAUAACAUUUUUUAAGGAAAAGCUGACUCAGAGCUUUGCUGGGAGCCCAACUUCUUGUGCUGCUGGCUCGGAUCAGCUGGACCCUGAGCCGGUUUGGUGCCGUCCUUUAAUUGUCCCAGUGUCUGGAGCUGAUGGCUGAGCCCCAUUCCUGUGGGAAUCCCUGAUCCCUGUGCUGGGAGGAUGUGGGAUACAGCCUGGAGCUUCCAGUCUGCCCAGUGGGUCCUGAGAGGGCUGGGUUUUACUCUCCCAGUUCUCCUCCCAUCCCUUGGGAUCAGCUUCCUCGUGGCUUUUGUGUCAGCCUGGCACAGGCGGGGAAACGUCAGAGCUGUACCUGAAUGUCCACGGGUGUUUUAUCCAGGGAUUGUUUUAUCCAGUGAUUGUUGGAACCAGGGAUUGUUGGAACCAGGUAUUGUUGGAUCCAGGGAUUGUUUUAUCCAGGGAUUGUUUUAUCCAAGGAUUGUUGGAUCCAGGGAUUGUUGGAUCCAGGGAUUGUUGGAUCCAGGGAUUGUUGGAUCCAGGGAUUGUUGGAUCCAGGGAUUGUUGGAUCCAGUGAUUGUUUUAUCCAGGGAUUGUUGGAUCCAGGGAUUGUUGGAUCCAGGGAUUGUUGGAUCCAGGCACUGAGCAGAGCUGACACGGAGCUGCUCCCAGCUGUAACAUUCUGUGCAUACUCUGGGUCACUCUUCCACUCCAGGAACUUGCAUAUUGUCCCCAGUUCCCAUGGGAUGUUUGGGGGAUUUGGGCAUUCCCAUUUUUUUUAACCAUGUGCUUUUCACUCCCAACACAUCAGCCGUGGGUUGUUUAUUCCCAUCGGGGGGAUUUUUUUAACUUCCCAGCGUGAUCAGUGUGUUUGGAAUAUUUAUGGAGUCGCAGGAGUGGCAGCAAUUCCCUUCCUGCUGGAGGACAGAGGAGGAAAGGUCCAGGCAGAAGGGCCUUGUUAGCCAAAAUUAAUUAAAUCCAGGCUCCCCCUCCAGGCCGGGGGCGCUGAUUAGUUGAGUUUUAAUGUUUGUGUAGAGAUCAGAGCACCUAUUUUUUAGCAGAGGCUGGAAAAGGGAAGGAGCCUGACUGCCUUUGGGGUGGCUGGUUGGGUUUAGGUUGGAGUUUGGGUUGGUUUUUUUUUAAAGAGAAAUAAAUCUCUAUCCUCUUCAAAGGC